AUGGCUAACCAAUGCUCCGGUCACGUCUUUGCCAUUGUCCAGGCGACCAAUGGCAACAUCCUGACUUGGCGCUGCUCCGACUGCAACUCUGGACCCUUUGUAGCCAUUUGGCGCUGCAAGAUCUGUGGACAUUGUCGCUGUAAUGCUUGCCACACCAACAAGGGAUAG